GCUUCAAAUGUUAUUUAUCUUUAAAGUUAGGGACUGAACACGGCAGUAAAACAGACUUCGGAGAGUUAGGCGUGAAUUCACGAGGAGGGAAAGUGGUAUUUACUUCAACAUUUUGGAGAGAUUCGUUGAUUCUUGCUUGAGACAAGUCUUUAUAGGAUUCAGUACGCUGUUAAUAUCCCCCUGACAUUCACAAGUGAUCCGAUCUACAGAAGAUAAUAAAUGUCUUUAAGGACUUAUCUACAAUCACUGCAUUAUCUACAAACUACCACGUUAUUCAACAGACAUGAGCUCUCUGCUAAUGAAGUUUAAGGACCUUCUUCCCGGUUGAUAAAGCCAUGCCAAAUAGCAGACUACAUGUCAAAUUGCAGACGACAUCUUCAAUAGCAGACGAAAUGUCAAAUAGCAGACGAAUAACGGCCACUCCGAAACCGGAGUUACGUUUGCCAAGCAUAGCUUUCAGUAUUCCUUCCGUGUUGUACGACAGAACAAAUGUACGAAGCCAACCACAAGAAUCUCCAAGGUCAUCCUCACCUCUGAAUGGACAGACAAGAAUGUCUCCUAGGAAUACGAAAAGUUCUCCAGAUUAUCUAGGAAACAACCGAUCCUCGCUAUCUCUUUCUCCUGAGCGAUUUGAUAAAACAUGGAAUGUUCACACGUCUGAUAAAUCUGUUAACCAAUCAAUGCAAAGAAGCAGUCCUGUGACAAAGGAAACGGGGUUGUACGACCCAAAGUUAAACGAUAUGUACGCUCUUCUGUCCCAGAGGGAGCGUUCUGUGGUUCUACCUCCCUUAGAGAGUCCAAAGGCCACGAACUUUAAGGUACUGGAUCAGGACAAGUUACGCGAGAAAAUGUAUGUCCUGGAAGAUUUAGACACACAGCCAAUCGUUUCAAAAUUUGAGAGGGAUGAAGUAUUUAUACCAAGUGUGUAUUCCAAACAUUUUGCCUGCAGAGAAUGCAGAACAGCAUACGUUACCACCAUGUUUACAAAACAAUAUGUUCGUCGUAAUAAAAGAAACCCGAAGUGUUCCAAACCGUCUGACGCAGAAAAGGAGAGACGCCAUUUUUGUGACGUAUUGGGAAAACGGUUUUGUGCAUCAUGCAUUGAACGAGAAAACAGGAAAUUUUCAAAAUCUUUACAGAAGUCUCUGCCACAGAAACUCACCGAUUUUACACAUGAAAGUCACUCGAGCAGAAAACCGAAAAAAGUUAUGAACAUUGAUCUCAGAUUUGCAUCACAGUGAACUAUUAGAUAUUGGAAAACCAUUCAUAAACUUCAUGAUAUGAAAAUCAUGAGAACAAAUAAAUUUCAUGCAUUAAAACCAACAUUCGACACGUGACAAAGGAAGAUCAUGUAGAAAGUUGUCAUUUCUCGAAAUUGUAAAGUGGGCAGAAAAUACAGUGGGAAAACUCGAUCUUUAUUAACUAGUAUAUACUGGAUAUCAAUGUUACUAGUCCACGUGUAUCAAAUUACAUGUAUCAAAGUUGAAGCGAUAUAUUCGAAUUUCAAAAAAAUAUAUAUGAUUAUAUAUAUGAAAUUAGAUUAAGUGCUCUCUCUCUCUCUCUCUCUCUCUCUCUCUCUCUCUCUCUCUCUCUCCAACGAGUUCCUACAACACCCGAUACCUAUAUGGUCAACAAAUUCAACUACGUAAAAGAAUUAGAUCAAAGUACUGAUAUAACUGAUAGACGGUGGUGUGGUUUGGGAAAAGCUUAGCUAAGGUGACCUUUAAAAACAAUAUAAUUAAAAUCGAAAACGAGAAUGAAUGUGAUUGUCGGAGGGAGAAUGAUGGACCGAAGCAUGCAUUUUGUAAAUUGAUUCUUGAGUUGUUAAAUCGUCGAGAAUCUUGUUGGAGAUGUCUGAUUCGGUUCACGAAAUAACUCAUCAUCAUCUAGCCAAGUUCAUCUUUCACCGUAAGCACUUGACACUAAUUUUAAUAGAUUGUAAACAAAUUGUAAGCUAAGCUAUUCCAAAAUUCCACAACAUAUCACAGGAACCGAUAAUUUAGCCUGUACAUAAUGAUAAGAGUAGGGGUCUAUACCUUACCCCCCUAAUAAAAGCACAAGGAUUACUGGAUCAGAAAGAAAAUUAGGGUGGGCGACGAUAAAAGCAGAAUUUUCGAACUAGUUUGAAGCGAAGUUUUGAGUAAAAAAUUGUGUCAUUCCUUGUGGGUUUUUUUUUUCAUUGGGGGAUGGUACCACAGGGCCUACUAUUAUUAUUACAGACAAAAAUACCGGUUCCCGUGAAUAUUCACACCUGCGACCUUUGAAGGGUUGUAAAUAGUGAAUGUGAACAGCUGCAUGUGAAUGAAUUAGUGUUCUAGCUGCAUAAUUUAGUACCGUCCAAUUUUAUAUACUGAUAUUUUUGUGAUUGGGUUAUAUGUAUACAAUUAAAAUUGCAUGGGAAAGAGUUUAGUAAUGCAGAGCUCUAGUAUCCUGUAUUAUUUAUCA